AUGGCUUCCAAAUCGCUCCCCAAAGCGGAAAUCGAAAAAUUUGUAUGUAUACAAAGUAAUCCAAACAAAUGGAAGGGUCUGUUGAUUGGAUCGUUAACGAAGGUCGUCAAGCAAGUACAUCCUUUGUUAUCAGUCAGCGACGAAGCGUUAGAAUGUGUCGAAAUACUAGUUAUACAGUGUCUGGAGAUACUUACUUUAAAGUCAUCACCACCGCAUACUAUAUUCGACAUAGAAGAUCAAGUGAAACGGUGGUUUCCUAAGCCAAUAGACAAGUGGGCUAUUAAAGAUGCAAAAAGAGCAAUAGAAAAAGACAAGAAAAAACAUUCUCUAAUAUUACCAACCUAUAAAAUUCAUAAUUUACUGCAAAAGGAUCUACUUCRAUACAAGCUAGACUAUUUAGUUACUAUUUACAUAACAGCUGUCUUAGAAUACAUGGCAGCAGACAUCUUUAAAUUAGCAGGUAACUAUGUAAAUAAUAUACACCGAGUAGAAAUCAGUUACCAAGACCUCUGUGUUGCGAUACGUGGUGAUAAAGUAUUAAUGGACUUGUUCGGUCAGCACGACAACAAUGGUGACUUAAACCUGUCUGAAUUAGGUAUUGAUAAAAUCCAGAGAAUUACUACUUAUGAAGAAGUUGUAAAAGAUCUAAUACAUGAUGAAAAACAACUUAUUAGAGAUUUAUAUUUAAUUUUAAAAAUUUUUAAAGAAGAAUUUUAUUGUAUCAUACCCCUAGGUACCAGUCCAGAAUUGGAUAAUAUGUUCAACAAUAUUGUAGACAUAUUUAAGACAACUAAAUUAUUUUUAAGUUCUAUUGAAGACAUUUUGGAAAUUGCAGAURRUAAAUCUGCUACAGUUGGUUGUUGUAUUGAAGAGUUUGCUGAAUCCGCUGAAUUUGACGUAUUUGAACGGUAUGCAAAUGAUAUUGUUAAUAAAUCAUGUAGGAAUAUAUUUUGGAAUUUAAUCAAUAAACCAGAGAUUUCRAAUUUACUUCAAUCGACAAAUUAUGGUUUUAAAGAAGCUCUAAAAUAUUAUUUUCCAAAAUUAUUACUUUUACCUCUACAUCAUUGUAUUCUCUAUUUUGAUUAUUUUAGAAUUUUCCAUAAACUUUCUCCUUCCCAACAUGAUAAAGAAUGUUUGGAACAAGUAGAAGGCAUGUUGAAACCUUUGCAAAUAAAAAUGGCAUCAAUUGCAAAUCAAAUUAACYUAACAGAUAAUAUUAAAGAAUUUGGACUUAAAAUUAAUGCAAUACCUAGACGAUUAACAGUCAUUGAACAACUGAAAAAAAUGCAAAAAGGUAUUGAUGGCUGGGAUGGUAAGGAUAUGGGUCAAUGUUGUACAGAGUUCAUAAGAGAAGGAGUACUURUAAAAGUUUCAAGUGGAGGUAAGCGUUAUUCAGAGCGUAAAGCAAUCUUAUUUGAUGGAGUUCUUCUUUUAUGUAAAUCAAAUAAGAGAAAGAUUUCUUUAUCAGUCAGCACUCAAGUUAUUGGUGGUUUUUCUGAAUUAAAAUUAAAAUUAAAAGAGAAAUUAUUUAUUAGAAAAAUGGAAAUUGUUGAUAGAGAUGAUACACAAGAGUUAAAACACUUUUUUGAAAUAAUCCCUCAUUUGCAGUCACCAGUAAUAUUAGCUGCUAGUAGUUUUGAAGAUAAAGCUAAUUGGAUGGCAGAUUUAAUUAUGCUGAACACAAAAAGUAUACUCGACCGAACUUUAAACAAUAUACUACUCGAUGAAGAUAAAAAAUUUCCCUUAUGGUUACCGUCAAUUAAAGAAUACAGAUUUGUUGAACCUGAUUCUCGAUCUAACAUCAUUUUUGAGCAAAAAGAAAAUAAUGGUGUACCUCUUAUUAGAGGUGCUAAAUUGCUGAAACUUAUAGAACGAAUGACAUAUCAUAUUUAUGCUGAUCCAAAAUUUAUAAAAACAUUCUUAACAAUAUACCGCAGUUUUUGUACACCCUAUGAUUUAAUGGAUCUCUUAAUUGAAAGAUAUAACAUUCCUGAGCCUUUUGGUAUAACUAUGAAUUCAGAAAGUCUUCGAGAUGAAACUAAACGAUUUAAAACAGAAUAUUUAGAACCUGUUCAAUUUAGAGUGAUAAAUGUGUUUAGGCUUUGGGUCAUUUAUCACUAUUAUGAUUAUCAACGCUAUCCAUAUUUAUUAGAUAGAUUGCUUAAAUUUUUAAAUUCAAUUAAUGGAAAAUCAAUCAAAAAAUGGGCUGAUUCACUUAUUAAUAUACUUCAUAGAAAAACUACUGAACAUCAAAAUGAAAUUAAGUUUGCAUUCAAUUCACCGCCACCAGCAAUUGAAGUUYAUAUGGAUUUUAUGAGAAAUGACGAGCUUAACAUUCUACUUGUACAUCCUCUUGAAUUCGCAAGACAAUUGACACUUAUUGAAUCUGAAAAUUAUAGAACAGUUAAACCUUCAGAAUUGGUUGGAUCUGUGUGGACUAAAAAAGAUAAAGAAAAAAAUUCUCCUAAUUUACUUCGGUUAAUCAAACAAACUACAAAUUUAAGUCGUUGGAUAGAAAAAACUGUUAUUGAAUGUAGAAAUAUUGAAGAAAGAGUAGCAAUUGUGUCAAGAUUUAUUGAAAUAAUGAUGGCAUUAUAUCAACUAAAUAAUUUCAAUGGUGUCUUAGGUGUUCUUUCAGCUAUGACUUCAGCUGCAGUAUUUCGCUUAAAAUUUACAAUGCAAUCCAUCAAUGCUAAAUUUCUUAAAGCUCUUGAAAAAGCUCGGGAUAUGAGUAAUAAUCAUUAUAAAAAAUAUCAAGAUAAAUUAAGGAGUAUCAAUCCGCCAUGUGUUCCAUUCAUUGGUAUGUAUUUAACAAAUAUAUUGCAUAUUGAAGAUGGCAAUCCAGAUUGUUUGACAAAUAACCCAAAUUUAAUUAAUUUUUAUAAACGGAGAAAAGUAGCAGAAAUUAUUGAAGAAAUCCAGCAAUAUCAAAAUCAACCUUACUGUUUAAAUGUUGAGCCUAAAAUAAAAAAGUUUUUAGAAAACUUAAAUCCAUUCAAUGAUAUGAAAGAUACAGAUAUUAAUAAUUAUUUGUAUAAUCAAUCUUUAAAAAUUGAACCAAGAAAUUGCAAGCAACUCACCAAGUAUCCACGAAAAUGGCCAGAAUUAAAUCUUAGGUCACCUGGCUUAAAGCCUAAAUCAAGAGUACCAUCAGUAUCCWCCAAAAAUAUGGAUGUCCAAGGUAAGAGAAAUGUAAGUUCAUCAAUGUCUCCAGUGAUUCAAACAUAUAAAAGAUAUCCAGGUGACUCUGUCUUUGCGCCAGUAACUUUUACUUUAAGAAAAAAUAACRAUGUUCCUCCAGUUCCACCUCGAAUGAGUAAAAUAGAUAAUGAAUCAUUCAAACCACCUAUACCAWUAAGAAAAAUAGCUCCACCUUUACCUCCAAGAAAAUUACAAGUAGAAAAAGUUUUAACAUUAAAAAAAUUUGUUAUAGACUCACCUAAACCAGAAAGUAAUCAAAAUACCAAUUGUAACAAACAACUUGUACCAGUCAUUAGCCCUAGUGAAAACCCUAUAGAUCCAAAAACAAAUACAAUUAAUUUUCCUGAACAAGAAAAUACUUUAGAACUUUACCACCAUUCAGGUCAAAACUUUUGUAAUACUCUAGAUUUCCAUUAAAACCGUCAUACUAAAAUAACAAAUCCCAAGUUCUAAUUAAAUACCUGAAU